AUGGAGCCCGGCGAAUGUCGGAGUUCAUUUGGCAGAAGAAUGUUGUGCGUGCCACUUCACUUCUCACCUUCCUGGGUGUGCUUGUGGUGUGCUCUUGCAAAUCCGCCGCUGAAUUGGAGAUUCAAAGAGAUUCUCGUGGGUGUCAUCGUGCUUUACAGUCAGCCAGGUGAAUCGUCGUCGCCCUCUGCUCUGACCAUCGUAGCAGUCCCGUUGAUUCUGUUGGCCACUGCGGCUUUGUUGAUCUUUUACCUCGGUGUGUUGAUCGAACGCCAGAACCUCACUGACAAGUUGCCCAGCGUUACUCUCUUCAGAGUAGCCAGUGUGGCUGUGCUGACGGUCCUGGUUGUCCCUGCAAAGAAUGUAGCCUUUUCUCUGCUACUCUUCCUGUGCUUCAUGGCUGUGGUCUUGCAAAUCUUCUCCAAAUUCGGAGCCAGUCUUCGUCUUCGCCUUGCCUUCGUUGCCUUCUGCGACGCUUUUUUCAACCUGGCUGGUGCAGAGGCCACUCGAUGGGCAGGUGCUGCCGGCGAUAUGGCAGUGGCACGCUUUAAUAUGCUGCUCUUCGCUGGCAUUGGUGGCGCUUUUAUGCCUUUAGCACAGCUGUUGGCAUUGCGCUUGCCAAUUCCAAAGCUUUGCAAGUGCACCUGUGUGGCCUAUGGAGCCUUGGCUGUACACUCAGCAUUGAUCCUGCUACAGGCCCUUGGUACAGAGAUGACUUACGUCUUCAACGGUGGCGGAUUGUAUUUUGAAGGCCCCAGCUGCGUUGUACCUGAUGUGGAGUCACCGCUCACACUGGUGCUUGGUUUGCUGACAUCGUUUAGCACAGCAGCGAGGUAUACAGGCCCCUCUGGCCCUCCAGCUUGUCCAGAUGCGCUGGCAGAUGUUGCGGAAGGUGAAGCUGCUGUGCCUUUGCUUCGAGUGCAUAUCUGUCCCGAGACACCUAUUGAGACUUUGUUUUUCUUCGUGAGCCUUGGUGCUCUUCUGGGUGGGUUGAUGAUCAUCAUCGUUUGGAAUCUCCAUCCUCCACAGCCCAGUCAUCGCGAGAUGCCCGACAGCUUUAGCGAUGCCAAGCGGCGGAGAGGACUCUUGGCAGGUGCAUUCGUCAUGAUCGGUCUAGUUUUAGUCGUCGUGUUUGGUGUUCUUGGCAUGGAGUGCCCAUGGGAGCCAGAAGUGGAACGCCCAGCGCAGGUCAGUGAUUUGGGGAUCGGCAACGAGACGGACGACACCAACAACAGUGAUGCAGGUCGACAAUUGCAGGCCAACAACAGCAACAACACCGACAACCAAACGAUGGAGGUGACCACGACACAGUCUCCACUUUUCGUGAACUUCACCGAUGACGAAAUUCGCACAGCACAGGCGGUGCUGUACACUCUGCAUGGGGAUUUCACAGGGAAGUGUAUUUACCCAACAGGAGAAGAACCCAUGUCUCAUUCAGUGGAUGCUCUUGGGAGUGAUUGUCAGCUGCUUUGCUCUUUACAUGAAGAUUGCACUGCAUACAGCCAAGACAAGGAGUUGGAAACUUGUCUCCAUUGGAAAACGACUGGGCUUACAGGCCAUGGCAACGGAGGUGGCUUUUGGAGCUGUGUCACAAAGCAACAGGUCUAUGCACCUCGCGAGUGUGCGCCUACGGACAUUGUAGUGGUGGAUGGCCGCAUCAUUGAGGCUGGACCCCAGGUGCGGUGUGGUUGCUCUGGUGCUUUUGAUCGUGGACUAUGGGGUCCUGUGUCUGCCACUGCAGAACAGAUUGCCAGUGUUUGGUGCAGCAUUGGCAUGGCAGCUUCAUUUAUGUUUGGUCUUGUGGGUUUCCUCGUUCACAGCUUCGCCUGUUCAAUGGCAGUGGAACACUGCACUGCAAGCCAGCACAGGGUCACACUGCGAAGCCUGGUCACGCGACAGGUGCGGCCAAUUGACGAUGGAGAAGGUGAGGUCAAAAACCACCAGUCCAUGGUUGCUUGGACUGAGGCUCCGCGGGACGACAAUCCCAAACCAGUGGCGCAAUUUGGUACCAACCGCAUGUUUAGUGUUUGA